AUGUCAAACUUCCCUGACGACUCCUUCUUCGGCUUCGCCGACCAGAUCUCCGAGGUGGUGUCGCGGUCCACGCUGGAGUCCAGGACGACGCCGCCGGACGAGGCGCACAACCUUGACGAGACGCUGGUCCACUUGCGCGAGUCUGGGAGGAACAUCUUCUUCUGGGGCCUGAAGAACUCGGACCCAGGGGGGAAAAGCAGCGACCAUUCGCAUCACAAGCGAAGCCGCGUAGGUGCUGCUGCGGCGAGGUACGUCCAUAGUGUUGCUUUCGAGGUGGCCGUCCCGCUUUUUAUUGUCGCCAACGCUGCGCUAAUCGGCUACCAGGCUGACUGGGACAUGCACAACUUGGAGUAUUCUAGAUGA